AUGGAAGAAAGCAGUGGGUCUUCGGUCAAUAGGUUGUUAGUUGGUGGGUCUUUGGUCAAUAGGUUGUUGGUCGGGACUUCAACUAGUUGGUCUUUACCAGUAGUUGGUGGGUCUUCAGUUAGUAGGUCUUUAGGUAUUGGAUCUUCGGUUAGAUCAUUAGGUGGAGGAUCUUCAGUCAAUAGAAUAUCAGUUGGGGAUGACAUUUCAGGUUAUGAUUCAACUUCUAAAAGAAAAACAUUUAAUACGAAUGAUACUAAUAAUAACAAAAAACAAGCAACAGACGGUGAAAAGACAAAACGAAUCACAUUAACAAAGGCUCAAAAAGCCGAAAUUUGUUGUUUACGAAAGAAGGGCUACACCCAACUUGCACUUGCAAACAAAUUUAAAAUUGGCGAAUCAACAGUCUCAAAAAUACUCAAACAACAAGAUUAUUUUUUUUCAAUUGAUCCUAAUUCAACACAAGCAAAAUCUAAGCGAAAUCGCUCAGCUAAGUAUCCUCAGCUAGAAGAAGUACUGAGCUUGUGGGUUUCAAAGGCUGAAGCACACUAUCAGACAAUUACAGGUGCAAUUAUCCAACGUAAAGCUUUCCAGUUCGCUAAAAAACUAAAGAUUGACAAUUUUGGGGGGUCAGAAGGGUGGCUCUCAAACUUUAAAAAACGAUUUCAUAUUAAAGAAUAUACAAGACAAGGAGAAUCUACUAGUGCUCCAAUAAAUGAUAUUCCACGUUAUC